CGCACAUCGACCGAUAACCUGGACGGAUUAGAUGUACAUCCUUCUCCACACCUACGCCCACUCAAUUCGCACUCACGAUUGGUGUUGUUCUGUCUCACUCAGUUGGGCUGGGCAGACCUGCCUGACAGACGCCCAUCCAAAAGGCGGAGUCGUUUAAUUGCGAACACCCGCGCCGGCUUCAUUCCUGAUUUGAGCCGCACGCGCGCUCUUUGCUCUCUCAAAAUCGACGCCAUCUACAAGCCGCUUCUCGUCGUUGCUUCUGCGCUAGGUGCCUCUAUAAAGCUAAGCUGAAGCUGUCCGUGCCCGAAUCUAGAGUAUUCGGGUCAUCUGCUACGCAGCUUCUUGCUCCCCGCGCUCGAAAAGGCAUACCGUCGAAAUAGGGCAGGUCACCUUACACGCUGCCCGCGUUUGGUCGUCCGAGCCGCCCAGCGCAACGGAAGAAUCAGCGUGUCUACGUGGAAUGACGGCGUCGACGCCCAUCGCAGAGACCAGCAAGGCGGGCGGCUCUUCCACAAGUCUGCGCGCAACACCGCCAGCAGCAGCAGGAACAGCAGCAGCGAAAGCACCAGUUGCUGACUCGCUUGAAGCGACGAUUGCGCUCUUGAAGGAGAUCUCACAUCAGCGCUUCCCGAGUGUUGCAGACCAGACCGGACUCAAACAUUCACGCGUCUCUUUCAGCUGCAACCUCGACGCUUCCAUCUUCAGCUCCUUGCAAAAUGAAAAUGUGGAUGCAGUUGCGCUGCUUCGAGCAGGCGCGUAUCGACUUGUCACGGCCUAUGCGGACUCGGACGAAGUGCUCAUGGGCGAGCUAGAGAGGGAUGGCGGAACAAAGCUUGCUCGUCCGAUCUGGCAUGAACAAUCUUCGAUUGAAGAGGGAGGGCAUCUCACAUGGAGGGAUGCAGCGCUGAAGCUGGCUGAGGAGAUCAAGACCAAGAAGGUGCUGUCAGAAAGAGAGAUGGAACGAGGUCUGCGUGAGGCGCAACUUCGCCUCGACGUACGAGAGUCUCCGGCGCUCUUCAGCUUCGCUGCAUUCGAUCUUGCAACUCUCCGAGAACGUUGGUAUCCAGUGAAUGGGCUGGCUGUAGGAGUCAGGCAUUCCACACAAGGCUGCUCAGUCGAUGUUGUCGCUGAUGCGGUGAUACUCUCAGAGCGCGCUGCUGAGCUGUUCGACAAGCAACUUUGUCACCUGGCGUGCCGCUACGCUCCAGCACUCGACAGCGCAUUCUUUGAGGAGGGUCAAGGGAACUUUUCCCUUGCUGGUGCAUUUUCCGGGUCCCGCGCCUCUGCGGAGGAGAAGCUUGAUCUCCUAUCAGCGUACGAGGCACCGUAUGAUGCGUCCAGAGCGCAUUUGCCCAUCGCGUGGUUGCAGAAGAAUGCUCGUGAACGACCUGACAGCCUGGCUCACAUACUGUGCGAAGAGCCGGAUAGCGAGCGCCAAGAGCUCACUUUCAGGGAACUUGACCAGCGAAGCACUCAGCUCGCAAAUUGGCUAUUAACGAGAGGGGACACGGAAAUCGAGAGCCGCAUUGGUGUUUGUCGGCCUCGAGAUGCACACUUUUACGUCGCCAUGGCAGCCAUCAUGAAGGCCGGCUGCUGCUACGUGCCAAUUGAUCGUGACUUGCCAACCGAGCGCAAGGCUUUCAUUGCCAAAGACUCUGAAGCAGUGAUCGUCUUGACAGAUCGAGACCACGCGAAAGCAGAUGAGAAAGUCUUUGGCUCGAAAGGCAUCGACAUGUCGCUAGAUACAAGCUUUGAGAGACAAGUCGCCUCGCAUUCCUCUACCGAGCUCACAGAAGUGGAUGUAGCUCUUGAUGGCCUGGCUUACAUUUUGUAUACAUCCGGCACGACGGGCAACCCAAAGGGUUGCUUGCAGCUGCAUCGAGGUCUCUACUGGGCCAUCGAAGCGAUGUGCAUCAUGCCUCGCCCAUUGACCAACGCGGACACGGACCGAAGACUGGCCAUGGCAGCAGUGGCCUUUGACGUGCACAUUUCCGAGAUCGUCCAGUCUUGGGCGCUUGGCCUUUGUCUCGUCAGCGUGGCUUCCAGAUUGUCGCUGCUUGCCGAUCUGCAGGACAACAUUGAACGCUUUGGGAUUACGCACAUAGGCAUGGUGCCGAGCAUGAUUGAGGCGACUCUAACCAAGACGCCCGAGGAGCUGCCAAUCAAGUAUAUCGUGUCUGGCGGAGAAAAGAUGACGGAUGCUGUACUGUCUAAAUGGGCCGCUCACCCAGGCAUCGUGUGCGCCAACUUCUACGGACCUACUGAAGCAACCAUCGGCUGCACUGCGAGGCGCGUGCGUGGUGUGCAGGACCGGAGAGACAACAUUGGUCUUCCUUUUGAAGGGUCCGGCGCCUACGUAGUGGAUUCAAACCUUCGCCUCCUGCCGCGCGGAACACCAGGCGAGCUAAUCAUUGAAGGCCCUCUAGUUGGUCGGGGAUAUCUCAACUUACCAGAAGUCACAAAGAAGGCGUUCGUGGAGUGGCCUCGAGCAGGGUGCCGAGCUUAUCGCACCGGCGACUUGGUGCGCAUGAACCACGAUGGCACUAUUCUGAUUGCUGGUAGAAUAGACUCGCAGGUCAAGCUUCGCGGCGUGCGGAUAGAAAGCGAGGGCGUCAGCGCAGUCAUCAGAGACGCCUCUACCGAUCCAUCCAUCGAUGCCGUCACAGUCGUCACGAGCCACGAGGCAGUGGGCGAGGGAUCCGAGCUGCUAGUGACCUUCGUUGCCAUCAAUGACGGAACGGUCUCUGCAAACGAAAGGCGCUCGGCUCCGGCCUUAGCGAGCAUCGACCUCGGUAUCAUGGCUACAUUGAGGCAAGCUGCGACGCAAGGUCUUGCUUCUUAUAUGCGACCUUCUCACAUCAUUCCUUGCAAAUUUCUGCCUUUGUCCCACAAUGGCAAGGUAGAUACCAAAGGACUCAUCGCCUUGUUCAAACAGACCGAUAUGAAGGAAUUGAUCGCCUUGCAGGAAGCAGACACAGAAGAAGACGCAGAUGUCGAUGCCGAUCGCCCGCUCACGAACCUUGAGCAGCAGGUGGCCGAUACCAUCACGAGUAUCAACGGGGCCAAGCCAGAUGGCAUCCGCCCUUCGAAGCGUCUCUUGGAGUGUGGCCUGAAUUCCUUGCAAUUGGCAGCACUCACCGGUCUCUUGAGGAAGCACGCAGGUAGCACUCUGUCAGUCGCUGAAGUCUUGUCGUCCCGGACCAUUGCCGGAUGUGCGCAGGCUAUAGAGAACAAGUCGAAAGUCGACGGAGCGCAGGAACCUUCAGAUCUCGACUUGAAAGCCUUUGACCGCCAACAUCGCCAAACGGCCGAAGAGCACUUCAAUCCCAAGGACAUUGAGUCUGUGCUGCCGCCGUUUCCAGUGCAACCAGGCGUGCUCUUCCAGAUCACGCAAGAUCGGUCAGCGUAUGUUCAACACUUCCUCUAUGAGAUCCCAAGUCAAUCAGCUCUGUGCAAUGUAGAGCAGAUCUCAAAGGCUUGGUCCGCUGCAGCCUCGCGACAUGCGAUAUUGCGCACAUGCUUCGUUCAAUCCGAAAGCGCAUUACUGCAGGUGGUGUUAAAGGCGUCGGCAGAUUCCGCACAAGCUCCCGUAAUCUGCUCACCUCUCGCACACCGCCAAAUAGAGUCUGCGACAUCCUUUUCAGAAAUUUUUCGGUCGAUGCUCGCUGCAGGUGUUGCGCGCGACAUCAACGAAGACAUCGCUACGCCAUCUUGGAGCGUGCACAUCUUCUGCGAUGCCAAAGCACCCGAGGCUGCGAGGUACUUUAGCUUGUCGCUGAAUCAUGCACUGUACGACGCAUUCGCUGUGCAAGCCCUGAUGAAAGACGUCGACAAUCUGCUCUCACAAGCGCCAGCAUUAUGCGCAACUCCGCUGGCAAUGGAACAGAUACUGGCCCAGAUCGGUGACAGCUCGUCUGACGUGCACCGGUCGUUUUGGAUCGGCGAGCUGCAACACACGACCCAGCUUCAGUCGACCGCAAAGCGGCCCCGACGCGGCGCAAAGUCGACGCGCACCCAACGCGUCCUCGACAUUCCCCUCAGCGAUGUGCAAAGCACUUGCGCUCGAUUGGGCGUGACGCUGCAAGCCCUACUCUAUGGCGCUUUCGCAUUUGCAGCGAAAUCGUUCUGCGACUGGUCAGAUGAAGCUGUGUUCGGCACUGUUCGGAGCGGACGCAAUCUACCUCUUGACGGCAUCGAGAGCGCAGUCUGCCCUCUGGUGACCCUUGUUCCAACACGUAUUUCGCUACGCCACGGCGGCAUAGCCAACUUUGUGGAGACCGCUCAGGAGGGACUUCUUGCGAGCUUGCCACACGAGCAUGUACCUCUGGGAUCAAUUCAAGGAUGGCUUGGAGCGAGAAGCCUAUUUGACGUGCUCUUCUCGUGCCGACACGUCGCUCAACCGCACUCCUACAAGCAUUUCAAACAUUUGGAGGGCAGCCCGCCAACUCCAGAGUUCAUCUUGGCAAUCGAGACCGUCUUCGACGACCCUUCGGAUGCUGUCCAAGUGCGCGCUGCUUUCACGGAUGAUGUUGCAGAAAAUGAGGUGGAAACCAUUCUCAAGAGUCUCGAGGACUACCUCUCGGCUUUCUAUAACGCAGAUGAAGCUGCUUUGCCAGCUCAGGACACACGCACAAGUGCGCACGCCCAUGGAUCAUCUGGCUCGUCCAAGCGAAGAACGGAGGACGCCGAAGAUCCUGAUCCACCGCACGAUGUGCUCCAGACAGUGAGACAAGUCACUGCGCAGUUCCUGCACCAAAAUAUUGAUGGCGUGGCUCCGAGGACAUCACUCGUGUCCCUAGGUCUUACAUCUCUGCGUGCAGUUGCACUGGCACAGAAGUUGUCGGCCGCCGGCUUGUUCGUGGAGCCCCUCGACAUCAUUCAAGCAGGCUCGCCUCGUGGUAUUGCUGUCAAGGCGCAGUCGACUGGCUUCAAUGCUUCGGAUGAAUCUCAGAAUCGCUCUGACGUGAACGAGACCGAAGCCGCACUGAUAGAGGAACUAGGAGGCACGGAGAGGCUGAAGCUUUCGCCAGCUGACGCGCCUCAGCUAGCUGAGUGCACUCCUCUGCAGUCGGGCAUGCUAUCGCAAACUGUUUCAUCAGGUGGCGAGCUCUACGUCCACGCUUUUCCGCUUCGUCUGAACGACGCGAUCGACCUUGAGCGCCUGGAAAGCGCUUGGAACGUCGCUACCAGGACUUUUGAGGUCUUACGCCUGACCUUUCACUUUGCGGCCACACACGGUCGAUGGUGUCAGGUGCUGCACAGCGCUGAUGCAGUGCAGUCUCCAUGGCUGCGCAUAAGCACCUCGGAACCUUCUACAGAGCUGUCCAAGCGAGCCAUUGUGGCUCUGAACAUGGGAUCAGAACAUGCAUUCGAGACACCACCAGUGCGUCUUUUGCUUGCGAGCUGCGAAUCAGGACCACAUCAUCUAGUCAUUGCGCUUCACCAUUCGCUGUACGACGGCGUCAGCUUCAACAACCUGCUAGAGCAUGUCGCGCGGCUGUAUGCGAACGAGGAGCUUCCGCGCCACCCAUCAUUUUUGGACGCCGCAAGACGGAUUUCAGUCUCUCAAGUGCGCUCACUCCAGUACUGGACUGAGCGCAUGCAAGGCUGCAACACUCAAUUUUUGCCUUCGCGAAACACGGUAUCUGGCCCAGAUAGCACCGCUGCCUGGCGCGCUUCCAUCGGCCUCGACGCAGAGCAAGGACUUGAGCUUCAGCGAAUCGCUCGGCGUUACCAGGUGACACCUCAGAGCAUAGGACAGCUGGCUCUUGCGCAAGUAUUGAGCAAGCGCAGCGGACAUGUUGAUAUCUCGCUUUGCCAGGUUGUUUCGGGACGGACGAUGCGCGAAGCUGCCGAUGUCAUUGGUCCAGUCUUCAAUACUAUCCCCUGUCGAAUCGCGCUCUCGCAUUCCAAGAAGCAACGCAAUGCACUCAAAGAAAUCAACGCUGCAAACGUCGACGCGCUGCGCGCGCAGCAUGCGUCUCUCCGCGACAUUCAGAGAGCCGUCCGAGUCAGAGCGGUGUCCGACGUCUUAUUCGUCUUUCAACCUCACAUUGACACGGGAAAGGAGCACAGGGAAAUUCGGGACCCGUGGACGGUUGUGAAACGGUCGUCCGACACUGAUGAGAGCAGCACGCAAUUCAGUCUCAACAUCGAAAUGCACGAGCAAAAGGGUGCGGGCUUUGCUAUUUUUUCGAGCUGCGCUGCGGAUGUCUUUUCAAAGGCGGACCUUGAAGAUCUGCUCCUUGAUCUUCGCACUGCCAUCACAACGAUUCUCGCUAAUCCUGGUGCUCCAAGCUGCACUCGGGAGAGGGAAGAGCAUGCUCGCACAGUAUCACACAAAGACGGGAUGCAUGAUCUCACCAAUGGGCCUGGUAACGCGGCGUCGGCGUCGGCGUCAGCGCCUGCUUCUGCUCUGUCUGCGUCACAGCAAAGGCUUGUGGAGAUUGCUGCACAGGCGUUGCGUACCGAGUCUACUCAGCUGAAGCCUAUGGCAAAGCUUGCACACCUCGGGCUCGACUCGAUCGCCGCUAUACAAAUCUCCUCGAGAGCCAAGCGGGUCAACAUCAAGCUUGCUGCGGCUCAGAUUGUGCGCGCAGAGACGGUCAGGGCAUUGCUAGACUUGGUGCAAGACACGGAAGAACCGAGGCCGCCACCAAAAUCCUUCGAGCUGCCCAAGCUACCUGAUAGGAUCGCCAGUGCUGCCGUCGCCCACUUGAGCAGAGAGCAUCGAGAAGGAGCACAGGCUCUGCCUGCUCCGGCUGGGAUCGAGUACGUCUUCGCGGGCUGGCAGCGCUCGGGAGGGCGGUCGUUCCAGACUGCCAUUGCGCGCAGGUUCCAAGGUCGCCUUGAUCGAGAUGCACUGAUGAGAGCUUGGACGAAUCUGCUGCAACAUCACAGCAUCCUGCGAAGCACAGUCGCGCCAACGAACGAUACUGAGCAUCGCAUUGCGCUCCUCGUCUUAGCCGAGGCUUUCUCGCCGCCGCUCGAAAUUGUCAAUCUUCACCAAGGUGAGGAUGAAGAAGUUGCUGAAGUCGUUGCACAUGCACGUGCUGCGCUUUUGGCUCCUCGAAGCGUGCGCGAACCGGCGAGCCGGCUGUCACUCCUACAAGGCGCGCACGACGAUUACAUUGUGCUCGUCUUGCCCCACAUCCAUUACGAUGGUUGGUCUUUGCCACUGCUCCUCAGGGAUCUGAUACGUCUCUACGAUGGAGAAGAGCCCAGCUCGCCCGCCGAUCUCAGGCCGCUGCUGGAGAGCUUCUACGCUAGCGCUCAUCCUGAGGACCUCCGAGCUCGCUCGUGGCGUGAGCUUUUGGGUUCCUGCUUUGCGCCUUCAUUACUGUCUUUGCAGGCUGAAGGAAACCCAGAGGCAGGAUCUGUGGUGUCGCACGUGUCACUGGAAGACCGUUCCGCUCCACAUCCAGAUGAGCUGCGACGCGUCGCGAUGAAGGAAGGCGUGUCCGCGUCCUCGCUGGUGCUCGCUGCGUGGGCCAUCGUACAAGCGCGAGCUGUCACAUCCUCCAGUGCUACAUUCGGCAUCGUUCAGACCGGCCGCAGCGGUGGCGAUUCUGAUGCGCUUGCGCAGCUUGCAGCGCCAUGCCUGAACCUGGCCCCUCUGCAUGUUUCCGAUCUUGCGAGCAAGGGAGACAUCGCAUUGCGAGUGGUCGGUGCGGCUCGAAGGAUUCAACAGGACCUGCUUUCGAGACCAAUCGAAAUGGAACAAGCCCGCCUGAUUGACGUCGCUAGCUGGGUCGGCUGCCCGGCAAACCCCCUGAUGAACGUCAGCGUCAACCUUUUGUUUGCCACGCAAACGCGGGAUCCUGAAGCAGUGGCCGACUCCACCUCCUCGCGCUGGAAGCCUAUUUCGAUUCCACAUCAAUUCACCGUUGAAGAGCAGGCAAAGGCUCACAUUCCCGAAUUGUAUCUUCAAGGAGAGCAUGGUGCUCUGCUCUUCCCAGAGAUUCAGCUUGAUCUUCGCAUCGUGGUCGCUGUCUCAAGAGAGGAUGGCCGUCUAGUUUUGUACGCAGAGGUAGCACACCAGCGUUUAGAGGAGGAAAGGGUUGGCAAGCUGCUGUCAGAAUGGUCAAGCUUGCUACAUAGCCUGACACAACUCGGCAAGGAGCACGAAGAAUGAGCUUGCUGUGCUAAUACUAGUUGACCUCGACAUAUUUAUCAAAGUGCAUCAUGUAUCGUCACACCUAUAGAGACAUGGAAAUCGCGAC